CUGUUCACACCGGGGUGCGCUUUUGAUCCAUCGUGGAAUAAAAACAAUUAUUCUAAAUUGUUGAAUAAUAUUGUUGGUAGAGGAAUGUAUGAAUUUGCAUACGACCACGACACCUUCUCACCUGUAUAAGCACAGUAGUGUUACACAACACUGCAAACCCAUUGCCACGAUACAAAAACAACUUUGUUAACAAUCGUACGCCGCAUAUUGUUAAUGGUCGCGUGUACUUCGAGUGCCUUAUAAAGUGUUCCUAACAACCAACGUUCAUGUACCGCUCAUGAAUAUGGCAAACAAAAGUUACCCCGCCGAAUCACAACAGUUAUACCCCCAGCCCACACGAGUGGAACUGCUGUCGCCGCAGACGGAAACAAAUCAGAAACCGGGAUGGAGCAAGCUGCUGUUGCUGGUGGCCUUUGCCACCACCUUUGGUGGAGCGGUGUCAACGGGCUACUGCAUAGGCGUUAUCAAUGCUCCCUCCAAGCUGAUGAAAAUUUGGUGUAAUCAAACGCUGCAUGACAACUAUGGCAGCAACCUGAGCGAAACCGGACUGGAUUUGCUCUGGUCGAGCAUUGUUUCUGUUUUCCUGGUUGGUGGCGCCAUCGGCUCUCUGGGCGGUGCUGGUGCGGCCAAUAAAUUCGGCAGAAAAGCAUGUUAUCUCAUUUGCGGGGCGCUGUUCUCAGUCGGAGCCGUGCUCUUCUUUUUCUGCCGCGCCGCUAACUCUGUAGAAAUGCUGCUGAUUGGACGCUUCAUUGUGGGUCUCGCAUCGGGCCUUGUAACCGCCACCCUGCCCAUGUAUCUGUCCGAGGUGGCUCCGCUAGCGCUGCGCGGUACACUGGGCGUCUUCUGUGCUGUGGGUGUGACGGGAGGCGUGGUCGUGGGCCAGGUGUGCAGUCUGGCGGAUGUCUUUGGCACCGCUGAUCUCUGGCACUAUGCGUUGACCGCUUACAUGGGCCUGAUCAUUGUGUGCUACCUGCCCUCAUAUCUCUUCCCCGAGAGCCCCAAGUUCCUGUACAUAGUCAAAGGCAAUCGUGCGGCGGCCAAGCGCGAGCUGCAGCGGCUGCGUGGCGAGGGCGCGGAGGAGCUCAUCGCCCAGGAGCUGGCUGAAAUGGAAGCCGAGGCUAAUGCCAAGGUGCAGACAAGCAGCUUCUGCGAUGUGCUGCGCGAUUCCCGCCUUCUGCUACCGCUUGUCAUUGUCUGCUGCUUCCACGGCGGCCAGCAGCUGUCGGGCAUCAAUGCAAUCUUCUACUACUCAGUGUCCAUCUUUGAGAAGGCCGGCCUCUCAACAGUGAAUGCUCAGUGGGCCAAUUUGGGUGCUGGAUGCCUGAAUCUGGCCAUCUCGCUGCUGGGACCCUGGCUUAUGGCCUACUGCAAUAGACGCACCCUGAUGAUGUUCUCCUGCGCCAUGUGCUCCGUCUUUCUCUUCACAAUUGCCUUCGUCUUGUACUAUAUUGACUUUGUCAGCUGGUUUGCCAUUGCCUGCAUUUGCUGCAUCAUGGGAUACAUUUUCUUUUACCAGUUCGGCCUGGGCCCCAUUCCGUACUUCAUUGGAUCAGAACUUUUCGAGGUGGCCCCUCGCUCCGUUGCCAUGUCGAUGGGCAGCCUGGCGUCAUGGACCUGCAAUUUUAUAAUUGGCAUAUCCUUCCCCAGUCUGCAGAAUGCCUGGGGAGCCUUCGUCUUCCUGCCGUUCUCCAUUACCUGUGUGCUGCUCUGUUUGCUAACGAAAUUCUAUCUGCCGGAAACGCGAGGGCGCGAUCCCUCAGAGGUGGCACCUCUCGUCUCCAAUGGUUUCCGGUCCAAGGUCAAAUGAUACUUGUCGCUCACGCACGUCUUACACUUAGAUAUAAUUAGCUAAUGAUAGGUCUGUUAAAUGUACAAUUGCAAAGAUGCGCGGGGGCCGUGCCUAAUGCCUUCAUAGACAAUAAGCCAACAAGCCAAACCAAUUUUUUAUCUUGUCUACGUCAUAAGUUUUCUAUACAAACAAAAUAAAAACAAAAAACUGAUUGAGGAACUAACUUUAAGACCAAA